ACACUAAAACUUAAUGAAUAUAUGAAGUAGACGGAUCAAGGUUUAGAAAUGGAUUGCAUAUGGAAAUCGAGACCGAUGAGGCUACAGUUUUUGCAGGAACUACAUGUCCCACCAUACAGCGCGCUUGAUAAUUUGUGCUUGUAGGCAGUGAUGUUCGAAGAACCGUUUCACACCGUCCUUGGUGCCAGGGGCUUUGCAGAUCGCAAGCCAAAGACUAUUCUCCACGCUCCAAUAAUUCUUCAGCACCGGAGCAUGAAUUGAGUGGCUACCAGAGUGAGGUAUGCGUCGCUGAUCCACGCACUUUGCACCUACACAGUAUGCUCUGUGGGAAGGAAAGAAAAUCAGCCUGACGAAAAGAAAAUCGGAAUAAGAGGUUAAAAUCACAGCCCAGAAUCAUAAACUCCAGAAUAACGGAAUAAUGUCAGAUUCGGAAAGACAUCAAGUGAUACAUUUUGCACCAGAAGGUAAUCUUUUCUUGUGAAGAUUGAAGAUUUUCUCUAUUGAGUUGGGGUGACGAUUUGGAAUAGCGAAAUGUUGCCAGCUCAGGAAGCAGCUAAAAUUUAUCACACUAAUUAUGUGAGGAACUCAAGAGCGAUCGGUGUACUGUGGGCUAUUUUCACCAUUUGUUUUGCUAUCGUGAACGUGGUGUGUUUCAUCCAGCCUUAUUGGAUCGGGGAUGGCGUGGACACCCCCCAAGCCGGUUACUUCGGGCUUUUCCAUUACUGCAUCGGGAACGGGCUCUCCCGGGAGUUGACCUGUCGCGGUAGCUUCACUGACUUCUCCACCAUUGCGUCCGGGGCUUUCAAAGCCGCCUCUUUCUUCAUCGCCACGUCCAUGGCGCUCAUCAUGGGCUGCAUCGCCUGCUUCGUGCUCUUCUUCUUCUGUAAUACGGCCACAGUCUACAAAAUCUGCGGCUGGGUGCAACUUACAUCUGCCGGCUGUUUAAUCUUGGGCUGCAUGAUCUUCCCAGAUGGCUGGGAUUCAGAUGAAGUAAAGCGGAUGUGUGGGGAGAAAACUGACAAGUAUACACUUGGUGCCUGCUCCGUCCGCUGGGCCUACAUUCUGGCAAUUAUUGGAAUCCUAGAUGCUCUCAUCCUUUCAUUUCUGGCAUUUGUCCUUGGCAACAGGCAAGAUGGUUUACUGCCAGAUGACUUCAAAGUGGAUGCCAAAGAUGAUGGAAAUGCUUAAGAAAUUAAGGUAUGUAUUUAACGAUUUUGUUUCUGUAGGUUUAACCUCAGAAGUAAAUAUUGC